AUGGCGCAUCCUCAACAAUUAUAUCGAUGUUAUUUUAUAGAUUGUACACGUGAUGCUCUGCCAGUACUACUCACCAAAUGCCACGCUCAACCGGGCUGUUCAUUGAUGGUAAACUCGGAAACAUUUGGCAGUCCAUGCCCAAAGGACGUGCCAUCCUAUCUCAACAUUCUCUUCAUGUGUGUGAAUGAGGAAAUCUUCAGCGAGGAUGCGAUCAAAGGCGAUUUCGAAACGCUGCAUAAAUUUGUAAAGGAAAUGCAGGAAACGACUACACUACCAGCUCCAAGCAUAGAUGCUGGAUGGGAAAAGCUAAGCGAGAGACACGCCGAGACGGAGCCAACCGUUUUGCUGGGUACUCUUUCUUCAACGCCACCAGUUCACAUGUUCAACAAUGACGGUCAGUUUUAA